GCUUUACCUGUGGUUUACCUGAGUUUUACCUGUGGUUUACCUGUGCUCCAGACGCACCUUCCCCGGGCUCAGGAUGAUUCCCGUGGGCGAGUUUAGAAACUUGGGCUCAGAGCAGAACCAGAAGUACAGGGUGCUGAAGCCCUGGUGGGACGUGUUCUCGGAGUACCUGUGCCUCGCCAUGCUCAUGAUCGGAGUGUUUGGAUGCACGCUGCAGAUCACCCAGGAAAAAAUCGCCUGCCUGCCGAGCCGCUACACCAGCCCCACGCCCAGCGCCAUCGACUGCAGCCACAUCAGGACGUACGGCGAUAACGACUCUUUUGAAAACCCGGCUGACCCUAUCAUCAUUGAGGUCAAAGGUCGUAAAAAUGACCUAGACAUCCACCAGUACGUGUUUGUCAACGCUUACUGCUACACGCGGUUUGUCCACUGGUUCGCCAAGUUCUUCCCGUAUCUCGCCGUCAUCCACACCAUGGUCUUUAUGGUGGCGAGCAGCUUCUGGUUCAAGUUCCCGGGGACGUCGUCGAAAAUUGAACUUUUCGUGUCCAUUCUCGGGAAAUGUUUCGAUUCCCCGUGGACGACGAGAGCCUUGAGCGAAGUUUCCGAGGAGAGAGGCGAGGAAAAACUCGUGAGCUUGAGAAGGAACACCAUCUCCAGAGAUACUUCGGAGAAAAAACAGACAGACGAGGAGGAAACGGCGGGGCUUCUUCGCUCCUCCUCGGUCAAAUCUAACCCGGAGAGAAAGGUUCCAGAGCCGCAGUCGACGCUCACGGCUUUGGAUAAGAAAGAAGGAGAACAAGCUAAAGCGCUGUUUGAAAAAGUGAAGAAGCUGCGUACCCACGUGGAGGAGGCGGACAUCUUGUAUGUCAUGUACGUGCUGCAAACGUCUCUAAAAGUCCUGAAGUUUCUGUUGGUUAUAAUCUACACGGCGGUGCUCGUUCAUAACAUUCAGAUUGUCGUGCGCUGCAAGGUCCCGCCCGAACUAACGGGAUUUAACAUAUUCUGCUGUAAUCACAACAAGGCUCCUCUUUUCUCCAAACUGGCGUACUGCUACAUUUGCUUUGUUGGAGUCUACGGUUUAGUUUGCAUCUACACUCUGUACUGGCUCUUCCAUCGGCCGUUGAAGGAGUACUCCUUUGAGCAGGUCCGAUUUGAGACCGGCAUCGGCGAUAUACCCGAUGUGAAAAACGACUUCGCCUUCCUCCUGCAUCUCGUGGACCAGUACGACUCCCUGUACUCCAAAAGGUUCGCAGUGUUUUUGUCCGAAGUCAGCGAAAGCCGCUUGUACCAUCUCAACCUCAACUACGAGUGGACCGCGAAUAAACUGCGCGCUCGUUUGGCCAGGAACUCGAGCAACCGGCUGGAACUCCACCUGCCCAUGUUGUCCGGACUUCCUGACACAGUCUUUGAGCUCAGCGAGGUGCAAGCGCUCAAACUGGAACAAGUCAAAAAUGUCACAUUUCCUCCCAGCGUGGCGAAGCUGGACUCACUGCAAGAGCUGUCACUCAUCUACUGCCCCGCGAAACUCCAACUGCCGGCGAUGAACUUCUUCAAAGAGCAUUUAAAAGUUCUCCGUUUGGCCUUUGAAAGCGUAGAGGAACUGCCUUUGUGGAUGUAUUCGCUCCACGAUCUCGAAGAGUUGCAUCUAAACGGCCCGUUAAGUAAUGAAGCCUCCCGAGGUUCAGGUCUGGAGAGUCUACGAGACCUGAAGUCCUUAAGGGUCCUCAAUCUCCGUUGCAAUUUGACCAAAAUCCCGACUAGCGUUACCGACGUGGCCUUACAGCUGCAGCGUUUAAGCAUUAACAACGAAGGGGGCAAACUCCAGGCUUUAAGCAUUCUCAAGAAGUUAAGUAGUCUGGUGUCGUUGGAGUUGGUGAGCUGCGGGUUGGAGCGGAUCCCCAGUGCCAUUUUUAGCUUGAGUAACCUCCAAGAGUUGGACCUGAAAGAGAACAGACUCACAACAGUAGAGGAGAUCCUGAGUUUACAGCACUGCCAGCGUUUAACGACACUCAGACUGUGGCAUAACAAAAUAACGUACAUCCCAGAUCACAUCGCUAAGCUGCACUCUCUGGAAGUUCUGGACAUUAGCUGGAACAAGAUACGGAAGCUUCCCUCUCGUCUUUUUUACUGCACCAAACUCCGACAUCUGGACGUGUCCCACAACCUCCUCACCUCGUUACCCUCAGAGGUGGGCAUCCUUCAAAGCCUCCAGUUCUUCUCCGCUGCCUCCAACUCCUUGGAGAACCUCCCCGAAGAGCUCUUCAUGUGUAAAAGACUGCGGACGCUGGCGGUAGCGAGCAACUGCCUGUCGCACCUGAGUCCUAAGGUGGGGAGCCUGACACAGCUCGUGCGGUUGGAGCUCAAAGGAAACCGUUUUGGAGCUCUGCCCGUGGAGCUGAGGGACUGUCCGCAUCUGACCCUGAGUUCGAUCGUAGCGGAGGACCGACUUCUGGAGCAGCUGUCCACAGACGAAGAGGUCGAGCAGCCGCAAGAUGAAGUCAACGGGGAUAAUAUCAGUCAGUGAUUCAAACUCACCCCCUCGCUGGGUUUUAAUUAAGUGUAACAGGUUUUAAAGUAUUGGUUUGUAUUUAUAUGGUUUUAUUACAUUAUUUUUUUCUAUUCGAAGUGUAAGUUUUUAUUUAUAUUGAAAGAUGUCGUGGUUGUAAGCGGCGAUUUUGGAUAUUUGUGUGUAGUACCAGUCAAAGUUUGGACACAUUCUUAAUUUUUUUUGUUAUUUUUACUACUUUCCACAUUUUAUAUCCACACAGAAGACAGCAAAUAUAUGAAGUACGAUAUAUGUAAUUAUGUAGUAAAGAAAAAAUGUAAAAUAACUCAACUAAAUAUUUUUUGAUGAAGCAAAGAGUGGAUAUUUGAAUAAAAAAAAGUCUAUUUAAAUAACAUUAAAUAUAUAAAGUGAGAUAUAUAUAUAUAUAAUUAUGUAGCAAAGGAAAAAAAUAAAUAAAAACUAAAUAUUUUUUGACAAAGCGAAGGGUGGAAACUUUGAGGAUUUGAAUAUAUAUAUAUAUAUAUAUAUAUAUAUAUAUAUAUAUAUAUAUUAAAAAAAAGUAUUUAAAUAACUCCACUAAAUAUAUAAAGUGACAUAUAUAUAAUUAUGUAGC